AUGGCCUGGACAGCCGGGCUCAAUAGCGAGAUAAUUAGCGAGGAAUUUCUGUUUGGAAUUAUUUCUCCUGCUAGCUACCUUGAACCUUGCGGGAUCUCACUCCCACUGCGAAGUGAAGAAUCGAUGGUUCGUGGAAAGCAGGGUAGGGUCACAUAUGUGGAGUAUCAACCAACGCCGCGAUUAUUGGACGAACCACCCGUUCUCCCGAGAACCAAGCUUUUCAAAACCGACUUCCAUGCUGUUGUGCGACAGGACUUGAACCUCUCACCGAAGAUACGCCGAUGCUACGAUUUGUUCCUCUGUAUCUACUCUACACUCAGUAAGCACCUGCAUAUCGCUGUCAGAAACCAAGAUCGUUAG